AUGGUGAAGCGGCGCUGCCCCGAGUGCACCAAGGAGCGCCCAGAGGACGACAUGUGCGCGCAGCCCGGCUUUGGGGAGAUUUGCCGGCACUGCGUGGCGGAGCAGCAGCGGAUGGUGGCCGCGGCUGAGGAGGCGCGGCGGCCGAUCGAGGUUGGCCUGGAGCCGGAGGACAUGGGGGCGGCGGCGGCACCUGCGGCCCGUGGCAGGGGCCCGCGUGCCAAGAGCUCAGGCGCGGCGGCGGGCCGGCGGGCGCGCAGUGCGCGGGGGGCGGCGGCGGCCCAUGACGCGCAGCUGCAGGGCAAGGGCCACCAGGACGCGCCCAUAGUGCUGGACAGCGACGAGGACGUGUGUGAGGCGGCGGCGCCUCAGACCACCAGCACAGAGCCCACGGCCGGCGCGGGCGCCAACGGGCGCGCAGCCAGGCGGGCCGCGGCCAACGGGCAGCCCGUGCCUCCCGGGCAGCUGUAUGCGGUGAGCCACGGCACGCAGCAGACGGCUGCCGCCCCAGUUGAUGCACACAGCCAGGGUCCAAACCUCAACAACGCGACUGCCUCUAAGCAAACGUCGGGUUGA